AUGUUGGGCCUCAGCAGUAAGUUGGAUGCAACAGAUAAAACAGAGCCAUGGGACGUACGACAUGCGAGAAUCAGUGCUUCCCUACAUACCUCCGAACUCAUGGCUGCCGUAUCGCCCCUAGCCGUGUACACCGCUCGGCACGCGGCAUUUGUGCGUGUGUUGUUGUCGCAGCUUCGACAUCGUCUUCGCGAAGAAUGCCGCAUGGGCCAUGAACUUGAUUGUGCACUUGCCUUGCUAUGGAGCACCCCAGGAUCACAAACAGCUAUAUCGCCAUCGCCAUCACGUGUGCUUUCCAUUGAACGUGUUCGAGGCCGUGCUCGUGCGCGUCUAGACGACGUGCUCCGAGCGUCGCUUCAUCCAGGCGACUUUUCAUCACAAUGUACAUUACAGCAUGGAGCCUCUGGUAUGGUAGAGAUCGUUCGUUGCCGAUUGGAUCGAAAACUUUAUGUGCUGAAAAGCACACUCAAGGGCGUUGCGCGUCGAGAAGCCUAUCGAUUUUCGCCCGUCUAUGAGAGUCAGCUCCUUGCUGAGGGACACAGCAGUAGCGAUGACAUCAUUUGGACACCGCGGCUGCAUGCCGCUUUCCAAAGUGCUCGUUCUCUGCAUUUGUUAAUGGAGUACUUUCCUGCAGGUGAUCUCGACUCACUCCUUCAAGCAGCCGCGCAGGCUGGACCCGGGUAUCCAGGCAAGAGCGAGCGUGGUCUCCUGCAAGAAGCUUGGGUUGUGCGCUAUGCUGUCGACAUGGUCUCUGCGGUGGGCUGGCUUCAUUCAUUGCACUUCGUCCACAGAGAUAUUAAGCCGUCCAAUUUCCUCUUGGACAAGAGUGGCCGUCUCAAGCUGUGUGAUUUUGCCACUUGCGCACCGUACGCCUAUUUCCAUGAGCUUGGUGAGCGCCGCGUGCUAGCUUAUUACACCCAACGACCCGCGGGCACAUGCGACUAUAUCGCACCAGAGAUACUGCUUUGCGAGCAGACCCGCAUUCAGCGCGAGUGGCCUUCUCCCGCAGACAACAGCGCCUCACCGUCCAGCCGAUCCGGAGAAUGGCAGCCAGACACCAUGAUACCCGGUGGCUAUGGCCCUGCUGUUGACUGGUGGAGCUUGGGAGUCGUGCUGUAUGAAAUGUUGUUUGGCACGUUGCCCUUCUGGGCUUCUCAAGCCGCCGAUGUGUACGAGCGCAUUACGCACCACGAAGACUAUUUCUCUAUGAGCGAAGAUGUGCCUUGUUCACCCGACCUGGCUUCUCUCAUACGUGUCUUCAUCUGUACCGAAGAGCACCGACUUGGCCGCCGGUGCACCGCCGACGUUCAGGCCCACCGCGUCUUUCAUAAUGUGGCAUGGGACAAUGUCACGGAGCUUCCACCUCCGUUUGUACCCGAGUUGCAGCAAGACCCCGACGUGCAAAUGAGCAUUUUGCAUAGUCCUGCAGGUGUUGGAUGGGAUUCGCUUACGAUGGAUACACCUCCCAGCUUUUCUGCUAUGUUCCAGGGUCCUCUGGACCAAUUCCCCGCUUUUGAUUCGCUUGAAGGCCAAUCGAUCGAUGCUUCUUGGGGCGCCGAUCUGCAUAUUCCUUCGCCAAUGCCACCAACGCCACCAACACCCUCUCAACUACCGACGUCGUCAUCCCCAGUUCCGCUGGCUUCGCCGUCUGAGGGUGUCCCAGGUCCUCCGCCCUCGCCAUUGAGCAUGUCAGCCUGCACAGACAUCGAUACCCACUUUUGUGCAUUUAGCUUUGUACCCAACCCUGACGCAUUCCAUGCACCUUCGCCAAAACCCGUGGCAUCACCACCAGCAGCAUCGACCCCCUUCGGCAAAUCCAAGCCUACACCAUUAACCCCUGCGAUUGCCUUGUCGCCUGAUGCCUCAUCGUCCCUGCAGCGAACCGCGUUGGAGCGCGCAUACCUAACGCGACAAGACAUGCAUACGCCAUUCCGACCUGCCAAUGAGCAAGCAUCGAUGCUAGCGGCACCCCCGCAUUCCCCGUACCCUUUUCCACCUCCGCCGCGCAUGAAGCAAACACCGCGUACACCAGCGGCCGUAAUGGCAGACACGAUGGGCGCCGAUUCUCGUCAUUCGGGCGGAAGUACAUGGAAACGAAAUGUCUCGGAGCGACAGGCAUGGUCCGAACUUAUGCGCGCUGUUGAGCGCAGUGCACGUAAGCCCAGCAUGCAAAGACCCACGUCACUGCGGCAUGUAUUUGACGAGGAAUCGCCCACAUCGAUCCCAUCACCACUGGCGCCUCCGGUCGCUUUGUCGUCCCCCUCACCUGCACCUCCUUCUUCCUCCUCCUCAUCAUCCCACCUUGGACCGAACCAGACGUCUGCAUCCGCCGGCAUAGCCCUUGGUCCUGCACUAGGUGCAAACGCUGGGCCGGGACCUCUACAUCGACCGCCGCCAUUCUCAUCACCAGAUUCAAAUGCAUCGUCCUCAGACUCAAGCCCCUCCUCUCAAAUCCUUCGAAGUCACUCAUCACUGAUGGAAGCACGGCGUGCGUCGUGUGAUGAUACCCGUGGCGAUCUGCGCCACAAGCGCAGCACGCGACAGCUUCUCCUCGACGCUCAAGUCACCUCGACGCCGACACGUGCAGCUCGCAGCAUGUCGCUUAUGCCAGUGGGGUCCAUGAAUGAGGCAUCGCCACCCCGAGGACACACUCUACGAACACUUCGUGGGAGCGCGUCUGUGCGGGACUUCCGCACGGAGUACAUGCGCUUGGAAGAAGACAACUAUGUCCUUCCUACACCAUCAGCACCGGCGAAAGAAUCUGUUGCUGCUCCGACACGCACGUCCAUGGACAGUCAUCGUAUGCUUUCAGAAUACCGACGUGCACCACGCACUCUGCGAAACGAGUCGGAAGACGCGUUCGGACGUCGCACAUGUCUUUCGAAACGGCCCCCGAUAACUCGACGAAUGCAAUCGACCCUAGGCUUGAGUGGAUUGUAUCGACAAGGGCGGCAGGGGAUGGCAAGUGUUCCCGAAAGCAGCACAGCACCGCCGCCUCCAUGGUCGACAAUGCGUGAUACAUUCCAACGAUUACACAACGAACAAUCUCAUAUCGAAAAGCAUGUAUCAGGCUUGGAGAAGGACCUGGGCAACUUGCGUAAUCGUGUAGAUAAAAUGUCGCUAUAG